AAAUGACUACGUGAAAAAGAAUAAGAUGUCGAGCAUGAUAAGCUUCGUUGAUCUGUGUACGAUUGGUGCCACUGGAUGCGGUACUGCAACGCAGAGGUCGCAUGCACUAGCUGCACGUUUUAAGGGUGCGAGAAAAGGGGAACACUUUCUCAUGCCUUACAAUGAUGUGAACCACUGGACGUUGUCUGUGGUAAAUCCGGAUGCAGAGAUAGUCUACUACAUGGACCCUCUUAAACGUCGAAUUGCAAAUGGUGAAUGGGUUGAUGUUGUCGACAAUGCCAUUAAGUUGUACAAGGAGGAUCUGAAUAAGGUUGUCAAGAAGAAAAUAUUAUGGGAGAACAUGGCGGGAGUUCCCGUGCAGACCGGGACCAAGGAUUGUGGGCUGUUUGUUAUGCGAUACAUGAAAGAAAUUGUUCAUGAUAAGGAGCUUGAGUUUGUUACUAAGUGGAUGCGUCGGUCGAAGUUAGUUUAUACCGCUGAUGAAAUCAACGAGAUCCGGAUUGAUUUUGCAAAGUACUUUAUGAAACGCCAUGCCACUUAGGUUUUAGAUCAGUUUCUUUGCUUUUGAACUAUUCGCUUUUGAACUAUUCAGGGAAGUGCAACUUUAAGUUUAUGUAGUUGGUGAAUUGUUAUGUAAAUUUGGAUGUGGCUACUUGAUGUUGGUUUGAAUGCCUGAAUAUUUGGUUUGUUGAACUUGUAGUUUAAGUAUGAUGAAUCUUGAACGCCAUAUAGUUUAUGGUCGUUGUUUUUAUUUUAGUUGGUUUGGUUGCGUAA